UACACAAAUUUACACACAAAUGUUCCGAAAAUGAAGAAAAAUUGUGCAAAACAUUUGGUGAAGUCCAAGAAAAUGCCCAUCCAUUCACUCUCGGAUAAACGGCAUCGACCGACAGAACAGAAAGUUUUGGCAAAAGUAGAAAAUGAAUACUCAGAGCAGGACCUGUGCAUGGCCGGUGCGCCGCUGCCCAUGGAGAAGGCUGUGUGGAGCUCACCGCAAAUCGGCGGCACGGGCGGUGCCCUCAAGGCACUGGCCAAGAAUGUGGCCAACCAUCUGGAGCAGCUGAAUCGAGCGACCCUGAAGCGCGUGGUGGCCCAGGUGAUUGCCGAGCGACACGGCCUGGGUGAGGUAUCCGACUUCAACGGACACAUGUACUUUGCCCGGCCGGAUCACAUCAAUUUCGCCGAGCUCAUUGCCCAGUCCAAGGAGGCCUUUGACGAUCUGUUGCAGCACAAGUCCACCACGGAGAGACCCCAGAAGCCGAAUCCUAAGACGAAGAUGCUGCAGCAGCACAGACCCACAGGCGGCCAGGCAACUGCUGCGGCUGUCUCGGCUAAAGGAACGAUUCCCUCGAAGAAGCAGCCUGCCCGCACGAUGGGCGUCUCCCGGCUGAAGCGAUGCGAGAGCCCCACGACCAUCUUUCAGUUGGACGAUGAGGGUGGUCGCAGCCUGAACGGAGUCAUCAUCGAUGAUUCCCAUUUGCCGCUGGACCGCAAGGACAUCCUCCUGCAGGUCUCCAAGCGUCCCCCCAAGAAACACCGCGCCCUCAAGGGGAUACUUGUGGCACAGCCUCAGGCUCAGGCUAAGCCUCAGCCGCAGUCCCCGCCUAAAGUCAAAGCCAAGUCCAAGACGCCACCCAAAUGGAGGAACUCGUUGCAGCGAAUCAACAGCCACAGCGCGACCACAGCAGCAGCACCUGCGAAGGUGUCAUUGAAGUGCCAGCUGCCAGUCGGAGCCUCCCAUCAUCCGCCUUCGGUGUCCGCAGCCCGAGGGCGCAACAAGCAAAAUGCCGAAGCUGUGGCGCCGCCCAAGCAGCCAUCGAAGAAGGUCAAAGCCAUGUCAAAGGUCGGCUCGAAGAUGCCGCUGCUGCAGCGCAGCUACGCGAAGCCCUGGCUGGUGCAGCACAGCACCACGAGGCGUGCAGAUCGCAUGGCCGGUGGCCUUGUGGUGGAGAAGAAGACGCCGCCGGAGACCAAAGGGGAGAUGGCCAUCCACGGCCAGAGCAAGAUCGACUCGCAUGUGGCCCAGCAGAUCCGAAGUGUCGCCUUCCCCUGGUACACGCCGUUUCAGUUCCAGGGCGGGGCCGGCGCCACCGCCAGCCAACCGACUGCAAAGAGCCCCUCCAGGGGCGCCUCCAAGGGAUCGCCCAACCGCAAGCCCCCGUCCGAGCGCAGUCGCAGCUCCCUGCACAAGUCAAUGGCCAGGAAGAAGUCGCCCCAGAGCAAGGCCAGGGUCCACUUCAAUGUUGGGCCGAAGAACAAGCAGAAGCCGCCGGCUGUCAUCGCUCCAGCAACGCCCAAGGCCAAGUCCCUGAACACACGGCAGGUCCGCAACAAUCGCCUGCAGGCGCGCCUAAACCGUGAUCUGAAGCGCGAGGAGGCCAUCGAUGAGCCGGAGCGCCUCAAGUCCGGUGGCCAGCGUGGUCGCCGUGCCAAACAGCAGCAGAAGCCAGGGCAGGCGACUUCCCGAAAGUCUCGACCGAGCUCCAAGUCGUCCCCACACAUUCGUCGCCGUCGUUCGCGGCUGGUGAGCGUGGACAGCAGCCUGGGCAGCUUUGCCUGCCUGCGACCCAGUCCCACAUCCAAGCAGAACUCCAAGACGACGCUCACACCGGCCAAGCGCCACCUGACCAUUGCCUUCUUCAACAAGCGCCAGGAGGAGCGCGGCCAGCGCCAGGCAUCCACACAGCCCUGGAAGUAGGCGCUCAUUUAUGGCUUAUUUCAUGCCAAAAACCUUUCGGCUCAGCUCAGCUCGCAUUUCGUUUUUGGAGCUACAUAAAUUUGCAAGUAUUGAUGAGUUUA